UCUUUAAACAAUAUUUAUAAAAACCAAUAUAUAUAUUUGAAAAAAUAUAUAUAUAUAGAUUUUCCCACCUUUAUAAAUAACAUCAAAACUCUUGUCUUGCUCGUCAUCCUCCCCCAUUACCAGCUGGAUUCAUACCCCACUCCAGUCAUCCCUUCUGCAACACCCCAUUCCAAUUUAACAAUUUUUUCUUUUUCUUUUUUUUCUUUCUUAACAACUUCUUCUUUCUUGUUUCUUUUUUCUGUCUCCAUUAUCAAUCUCUUUUUCUUUUCUGUUCUUCAGCAGAGAUUGACCAGAAAAGAAGAGUCCACUCUCCUCUGCCACUGAAUCUAAAACCAAUCUUUUCCCUUUCUUGCCUAUUUGUUUAUUUAUUAUCAAUUCAUCAUCCUUACAACAAAAAAUGGAAACCAUCUCCUCUAUUCUCUACUCCAUAUCUCCAUACCUGUUCACUGCAUUGCUCUUCCUCUUCUUGAUUGAGCAGAUCUCUUACCUGCGCAAGAAACGCCACGCGCCCGGUCCAAUCCUUGUUUUCCCCUUCUUGGGCAACGCCCUCUCUUUGGUUCGAGACCCCACUACCUUCUGGUUCAAGGAAGCCGCGACCGCCGCCACCACUGGUUACUGCGCCAACUACAUUGCCGGUAAGUUCACCGUCUUCCUCCGCAACACUGAACUCUCCCAUCUCGUCUUCGCCAAUGUCCGACCCGAUGGUUUUCACCUUGUGGGUCAUCCUUUUGGGAAGAAACUAUUUGGCGAGCACAACCUGAUCUACAUGUUUGGUCAGGAUCACAAGGAUAUCCGCCGUCGGAUUGCUCCGAAUUUCACUCCUAAAGCACUCUCCACCUACACCCACCUGCAGCAAAUCAUCAUCCUCCGCCACCUCAAGAACUGGGAAUCCGUUUCCUCACAGUCUCCUUCUCAGCCCAUCCCCCUCCGUCUCCUCGUUCGCGACCUCAAUCUCGAAACUUCCCAGACUGUCUUCGUCGGUCCCUAUUUGACCAAGGAAGCCAGAGACCGGUUUCGGGUCGAUUACAAUCUUUUCAACGUCGGCAGCAUGAAGCUUCCCAUUGACUUCCCGGGCUUUGCUUUCGGAAAUGCGCGUCGUGCCGUUACCAGACUGGUCAAGACUCUUGCCGUCUGCGCAGGGGCAAGCAAGGCCCGGAUGGCCGCCGGCGAGGAAGCCACUUGCCUCGUUGACUUUUGGAUGCAGGGUACUGUCGAAGAAAUCGCCAAUGCUAAAGCCGCCGGCGAAUCCCCGCCAUCGAACUCCGGCGAUGAGGAAACCGGUGGAUUUCUGUUCGACUUCCUCUUUGCGGCGCAGGACGCAUCGACGUCGUCGCUGCUGUGGGCAGUGGCGUUACUUGACUCGCACCCGGAGGUGCUCAAACGGGUGCGCGAGGACGCGGGGAGAGUCUGGUCGCCGGAGUCGGACGAGCUGAUUACAACGGACCAGCUGAGGGAGAUGACAUACACGCAGGCGGUGGCUCGUGAAGUUUUGAGAUACCGGCCGCCGGCUACUCUGGUGCCACACAUUGCAAUGGAGGAUUUCCCGCUGACGGAAUCCUACACGAUUCCGAAAGGAGCGGUUGUCUUCCCUUCCGUCUACGAGUCAUCGUUUCAAGGGUUCUCCGACCCGGACCGAUUUGACCCGGACCGCUUCUUUGGGGACCGACGGGAAGACCAAUUGUACAAGAAAAAUUUCUUGACUUUCGGAGCCGGGUCCCACCAGUGCGUGGGCCAACGUUAUGCGUUAAAUCAUCUGGUGCUCUUCAUCGCGAUGUUCUGCACUCUGCUUGAUUUCAAGCGCCACCGAACGGACGGCUGCGAUGAGAUCAUGUACUGCCCCACAAUAUGCCCAAAGGACGGGUGUAGUGUAUUUCUGUCUAAGCGGCGCGCACGGUAUCCAAACCUCUCGUCGAAAUGAAGAAAAAUUUACAGUCUGUGUUUUACUGCUUUUUUUUUUUUUUUUUUUUACCACAUUUGUCUGGGAGAUGGGACUGGUCAAAACACCCAAUAAAAAACGUGAUUGUUGA